UUGUCUGGGUGGCGCGGUCGAGUCAUCGCUGGGCCUCGCCGCUUUAGUCUCCCACCCGCCCCCCCGCCCCGGUGCGGGGGGUCGACCAGCCAACUAAGGCGGGAGGCGACUUGGAUCCUUCCCUCCAUUUCGUGUCGGCUAGCGUCCCGGCUACCCGCGCUGGGGCCUGGGGUCCUUGAGGCCCGCGAGGCCCAGUCUGAGGGGCUGGGGCCUACAUCGGCCCGCCGCUGGGCUCCAUGAGGCAUAGCUUGACCAAGCUGCUGGCAGCCUCGGGCAGCGACUCCCCAACCCGCAGCGAGAGCCCGGCGCCGGCCGCGACCUGCUCGCUGUCCCCGGACCUGACCCGGGCAGCGGCGGGGGAGGAGGAGACGGCGGCGGCCGGAUUUCCCGGCCGCCAGCAGCCGCCCGGCGACGAGGGAGAGUUGGAGGCCGGGAGGGGGAGCCGCGGCGGCGUGGCCGUGCGCGCGCCCUCGCCCGAGGAGAUGGAGGAGGAGGCUGUCGCCAGCGUCCCCGGGGAAGAGACGGAAGACAUGGACUUUCUGUCCGGGCUGGAACUGGCGGAUCUGCUGGACCCCCGGCAACCGGACUGGCACCUGGAGCCCGGGCUCAGCUCGCCCGGGCCUCUCUCCUCGUCCGGCGGAGGCUCAGAUAGCGGCGGCCUGUGGAGAGGGGACGACGACGACGAGGCCGCGGCUGCUGAGAUGCAGCGUUUUUCAGACCUGCUGCAGAGGCUGUUAAACGGUAUCGGAGGCUGCAGCAGCGGCAGUGACAGUGGCAGCGGCGAAAAGAGGCGGAGAAAGUCCCCGGGAGGAGGCGGCGGUGGCGGCAGCGGCAACGACAACAACCAGGCGGCGACAAAGAGUCCCCGGAAGGCGGCGGCGGCCGCUGCCCGUCUUAAUCGGCUGAAGAAGAAGGAAUACGUGAUGGGGCUGGAGAGUCGAGUCCGGGGUCUUGCAGCCGAGAACCAGGAGUUGCGGGCCGAGAAUCGGGAGCUGGGCAAACGCGUACAAGCACUGCAGGAGGAGAGUCGCUACCUACGGGCAGUCUUAGCGAACGAGACUGGACUGGCUCGCUUGCUGAGCCGGCUGAGCGGCGUGGGACUGCGGCUGACCACCUCGCUCUUCAGAGACUCGCCCGCCGGUGACCAUGACUACGCUCUGCCGGUGGGAAAGCAGCAGCAGGACCUGAUAGAAGAGGACGACUCAGCGGGAGGAGUGUGUCUUCAUGUGGACAAGGAUAAGGUGUCGGUGGAGUUCUGCUCGGCGUGCGCCCGGAAGGCGUCGUCCUCUCUUAAAAUGUAGGGUCAAGUAAUCUGCUCUUUAUCCGCGUUUACCCCUUUCAACUCCCUUACACCAUGUAAAACCUUAGUGGGACAUCUUCACUGGACACAUUUCAGAGGAGGAAAAAAAGUAAUAUUGAAUCUUUAAGUGUUUAGCUAAAAGCAUGAAUGUGACACUGUAACCAACUCCUAAUGAUAACAUGUGACUAUUAAAUCUCUCUGACAGUUUCUUUUUUAGGUGAUUUCCUUCCUGCCAGGCUCCGUUGUAGGGGUUACAGAACAGUCGUUCCCGCCUCACAACCUGGUAAGGAUCCAUCUCUUCACGUAACGCUCAUGCUCUGCUGCUUAGUCUACUUUAAUGGGCAACAUCUCAAUUUGUGUGUGUGUGAUUUUUUUUUUUUAAAUCUCUUUUGGAAGGUGGGAGGGGAAUCUAAUUUGGGCCCUGUCCACCCUGGAAACAGACUUGUGCUGGUCAGUAAUGUAUUUAAGAUGCUGCUUCUGGUUGAAAUAGCUGUUAAUGUGUCCCCUUGUUCAGACUUGCGUGUACCUAGCUCUUCUGUCCCCAGUGUGGACAUGGCCUUGGAUGACAUCGGUUCCAACUGUACACUGAAACCUGCUUAUAGAGAUACAGUUUGGAGACAGUGAAACAGGUGAAGUUGAAUGGAAGUUCCGAGUUGUACAAGGUGCAAAUUGGAAUUCCAAUUUUAGAGCAACUUUUCAGAGGUUGACAAUAAGUAUUUGGGGCAUGCACAAAUGUGGUAGUUAUUUUGCUGGAGAUGACAGAAAUCUCUUAGAUAUUCAAGAAUGCCUUUUAGUUUUCAGUAGAAGAUAUAGAAAUACAGUCUAUUCAGAGUAACAGAUUUUAAUAAAUCUCACUAUUAGAGAAGUUGGAAAUUAACAUGCAUGUCAGACUCCUGUGUUUUAGUUAAUUGGAGGAAAAAUAAGAAUGGUUAAUGAAAUGUUUCUUUAAGGACCAGCACAGUGAUUAUUAUCCUAUCACUGAGUAUGAAUAAAUUGUUGAACAUCUUUAUUUUUGUUGUAUUAAAAAUUUAGGUUAAAUUUGUGUAUGAUUAGAUAUUGAAGGUUGUGAUAUGUGAAUGAAAACGUGUAAAGUGAGGCUUCACAAAGAAUCUUUUUGUUCAUAUGUCUAAAGUAUUUGUCAAAUUUAAAAAUAAUUUUUAAAAUUGAGAGGUUCUGGCCACUUAAAUGACAUGAUUGACACUAUUUUUCUAAAUAUGGGACAUACUCUUCCCUUGAAGUUACUUUAUUGUCCAGUUGUGUAAAUUGAAUUAUGGUGUCCUUCAGUGUAAGAGGCAUUAAGAAAUUCUUUGUGAAACAUCACUGUUUGAUAAAGUAUAUACGUAUUUAGCAUCCUUGUUUUUCUUUGUGCUAAAGUGGAUACAGCUGUUGGGGCAGAAGAUACGGGACCAGCUGCUGGCCACAUUUCCUGCUUUAUUUUAAAAGGUAGUAUAAGAAAUGAGGAAAAAGAGGUAAUAUCAGGGCUUCUGCUGUCUUUUAUUUUUAAAACGUUCAUAAUUAAAAAGUUUUCCAGCAGUCCAAAGAUGUAAGUUAUUUCACACAUAAAAUGUUUUAUUUUGUUGUUGUUUGGUUAUGAAAAUGGAAUCCUUGUUCUUGCACAACUGUAAAUGUUUUGUUGCUAGAUGAUACGAUUUGAGACCUAAAUUGGUCUCUGGUUUCCAGUGCAUCACAGCAUAUUUUGUAUAAUCAUCUACUGCACUUGAGCAUGAAUGGGUAGUAGCCAAACUCACAACCUGGAGUGAUGAACCUGCUUAUACCUAAGGGCAGGAGCAAGCCCCUCACAAUGCAGCUGCAUGGAUUUUUAGUGCCUACUGAAUUAUAUAUAUAGAUAUAUAUAUAUAUAAAAACCAAAAGUAGUUGGAAAAAUUAUUUGAAAUGACUAAUUUGUGCUAUCUUCAUGAAAUAUGUUAAAUGUAGCUUUUUGAAACAGAAGCCUUGAAUUGAAAUUUAACUAAUACUUGAACAUUUUGUAUAUAUUUCUUUGUAUAUAAUUUUGUGCAGUACCAAUGACAAAAAUAUGGUGUCAUAAUAAAACCAGGUUUGUUGAUCUUUCAGUUAUGGGCUCAAAGAAUUUAUUCAUCUUUAACAUGACAUUGGAAAAUAAUGGAUGAAAUAGGAAAAAUGAUUGUUGUUAAUGCUGACUGUGGGUCUUAAUCAAAAGGUUCUGGAAGCACUUAGCAGUGUCUGCAAAAACGAAUCUUUUCCUACAACCUGUUAACUGACUGGACUGAUGGUAACAAAGUAAUUGUGGGAGCCAUGUCGAUCAAAAAUUUGGCAUCUGCUGAAAAAAAUGAUUGCCAUUUUCAAGUUCCCAAAUUACUUCUGUACUGAUUUCACUUUCCAGAAAUGGAGAUAUGAAAAGAUUCUCUGGAAUCCUUGAAAGACUUAAUAGAAAUACAUGAGACUAAGUUAAUUUUGGAACAAAUUUUUUGUCUUUCAUGGGAGUGAUACUCAGUUCUUUGCAUACCUUUUAAAAAUUGUAACCAUUGGAGAAGAGAAUUAUAGUAGUUCAUCAAGAAAUAUUAGAUUCUUUACAUAAUCGAGAGCACAUUCUAUGGAUUUACAUUUAGUCAACUAGAAUUACAUAAACAGGCCAUCAGUGAUCACAAGGCAUAUCAUGAGUUUUGUAUUUAUUUCUUGGAACAUGAGAGCUAAUUUGGAGUAUAGACAGACCCUACUGAGUAGAGUAUAAAAGUUAAUGUAAAGUCCUUAAUUAUAAAGAGUAGUCUUUUUAAAUAGAUGCAUUGAUUUGUCUGUAUAUCUUUGAAAAAAUUGAUUAUGAUUAAAUGUGUGCGUAGUUAAUUGCAAUUUAGGAUAAUACCAGGAUGUGUGGAUUCUGAGGUUUUGGCUUCUUGAGCUUUCUGAGUACUUGACACUGUUUUUUUGAAUAUUUUGAAGUUUCUAAUGAAUGGUAUACUAGUUUCUACUGUUUUAUAUUAAAAUUUCUCUAGUGUUAUGUAAGGGCUUUAGUAUUCUGGAUGAUGGGAGUGGCUUUUUUCGUGGUAUAUGGUUUUACUUAAUAGAAAUAUUUUUCUGGUUUAUUACAAGUGUGAAAAAACACAAAAACUCUGGAUUGUUUUAUUUCAUUUUCUUUGGGUUAUGUUAAUACACUCUUUCACCUGGUCUAGAGUGAGUCAUUUUAUCUUACUGUUUGACUCAUUUGUGGAAAUGGGUAGAUAGAAGAGGGAAGGGGUAGGCUCUUAUUUCAUCAUAACUAUACAGCUGGUUAUUGUAUGGUACUAUUCAAAACUUAUUAAAUCCCGUUUCUUAUAAUCUAAGUGUAUACAGUGCCUGUGAAGCCAGGCGGCAAAGAGCAUUCCCAUUAGCUUAUAUGUAAGUAGCUGAUGCUCCUACAGUACGGAUGGUUAUAAUUUCACAACCAGAGGUGUAGGCACCAACACAAUUUGGUGACCAUAACUACUACUUUGAUGAAUACAGAGUGGAUUAUUCAUUGAUAAUGAGUAAUUGUCUUUAAUAUGCUUACCUAGUUCAGCAUUUUGAAGGUGUAGUUUAAGGUCUCACUAAUUUAGUAAAAUUUUUAAGCUAAAUAAUCUGAUGACUUUUGAAGUUGAAUAGGUAUUAAGAUAUUAACAAGUGUUUUUUUCUUGCCAGACUCACUAUGAAUGCAAAGCUUUGAGAACCUCCUAAAUGUUUAUAUUUUUACUGUUUUUCUGUUUUUUUUCAUUUAGUUACCAUCUAAGCCAGUGAUCAGAAAGGGGAAGUCUUCCAUUAGAAACUUGCAGAGUAUUUUGUUUGAUUAGCAUGGUAUUUUUCAUAUAUUUAAAUUUGAAUACAUUUAUAUGUAGCCUCAACACUCUCUCAGUCACUCCCCGUUGUCUUAAUUUUGUUGACCCAAAAUUACUUGUUGAAAAUAUUUUGCUCUAUUUUCAUAAUGAACUGAUUUAAAAAUCUAGUCACUGAUUGUGUUUUAAACAUUUGUGUAGUUCUGUUAAUAUACUGAUUUAAAUUUUAUUGGUAGCCCAACUUCUUUAGAAUGUGCCUCCAAAUUCUGUAUCUUUUCUGUAUACCCACUGAGGUCAAUUUCCUAGACUCCUCUGGCUCUUAGUGUACUCUAGUUUGGGGGUUAUGAAAUAUAUUAAUAAGUGAAGUAUAAUAUAAUACACUUUUUAAAAAGCCAGAUAUGCAAAGUGGAUUGUAAAAGACAGAUUUAAAUAGUUUGUCUGCUAUGACUGCACUGAAAUAUUAAAAACUAUUUUUCUGA